UUCCUUCUCUCUCUCAACGAACAGAGACAAGCUAAGUGAUAGAGAUUUGGAGAGAGAAGCUCCGAAGAUAUAAAUUCAUAACCCAAUCUUCGGAGCUUCCAUCAAGAAAAGUCUCGAUAUUUCCUUUCCCCUUCUCCGUCAAUUCUUAUCUCUCCCUAAGUACCAAAAGGUAAGUUAUUUAUUUAUUUUAUAAAAUUCAAUUCCUAUUUCCAUAUUAGACUCUGAUGCAUUGAAGUUCAUGCUAAAAUGUUAUUACCCAUCUGAGCAAUACCAAAUACCCAUCACCAUUCCAGGUUCCUGAAUCCUGAUGAAAAUUUUCGUUUUCAACGAGGUUGUGAUUGGAGAAGCAGUGAUUUUUGGUUGAAGGGGCUAAGAUGCCAUCUGGGUUUCUCGUGAAGCUGAACUUAGGAUUUAGGACAUUGAUAAUUGCUAGAAAUUCAGCCUUUUCAUUAAAUAAUCCCACUCAAUUAUCAGUAAGGCGUUCUCUUAGUGGAUAUUCUAUGGCUGCCUCGGGUUCCAAAGCUGUGUUUGGUGAUACUUAUAUUGAUGAUAUGAUUACCACUUGUGGAAAUGGAUUGGACUUUUCGAAGCCUAGCGGUGUUUUUUUUGCGGAUAGAAGUCGAGCCAGUUGCUUAAAGGCAAGCGUGAGAAUGAGAAAUGGGGAGCUGCCAAAUAGUCGUUUGGUUUGUGGGUAUUCUUCAUUUGAUGCUAUUAUAGGGAGUAGUAAUUUGAAUGGUUUUGUUGCUGGGCCAUCGUUGAAGAACUUCCACACCUUGUCUUCUGCUAAAUUGUCUGCUGGAGCUGCUCGUGAUGUGUCGUUUGACGGAAAUUCUCGUGAGGAACAACUGGGAAACUCCACUAUGGUGUCUGGCCAAACCCUGAAGCUGCUCUCAGGAUCAUGUUACUUGCCACAUCCUGAUAAGGAAGAAACAGGUGGGGAAGAUGCUCACUUUAUAUGUGCUGAUGAACAAGUCAUUGGUGUAGCAGAUGGAGUAGGAGGCUGGGCGGAUGUAGGAAUCAAUGCAGGAUUAUAUUCUCGGGAGCUCAUGUCAAAUUCUGUAAGUGCAAUAAAGGAUGAGCCUGUGGGUUCAAUUGAUCCUGCUAGGGUGCUAGAGAAGGCACACUCCAACACAAAAGCCAAGGGUUCGUCAACAGCUUGCAUAGUUGCCCUUACAAAUGAGGGUAUACGUGCUAUUAAUCUAGGAGACAGUGGAUUCAUGGUGGUCAGAGAUGGAUCCACGGUGUUCCAAUCCCCAGUACAGCAGCAUGGCUUCAAUUUUACAUACCAACUAGAAAGUGGGAAUCACGGUGAUCAACCAAGCUCCAGCCAGGUAUUCAUAUUUCCUGUUUCUCCUGGUGAUGUAAUUGUUGCUGGAACGGAUGGAUUAUUUGACAACUUAUAUAACAAUGAGGUUACUGCUGCUGUUGUUCAUGCGGCAAGAGCUGGCUUAGGGCCCCAAGCAACAGCUCAGAAGAUUGCAGAUUUGGCACGUCAACGGGCACUGGAUAGGAACCGACAGACACCCUUUUCUGCUGCUGCUCAAGAUGCUGGGUUCCGCUACUAUGGUGGUAAACUUGAUGACAUAACUGUUGUAGUGUCAUACGUAAUGAGCUCCAACAAUUUGUGAUCAUGUCCUCUCCUACGAGGCUGCACCACCAAUUGUUGGUAUCGUGACGCACUUCUUUAUAUUGGGUGGAAAAGCCUGUAGGCCGUUGCUGACUUCUUGCCAUGAAACCUGUAUCUUUGAUCACUCUUUUUUUGAUAAAUGAAGCUGAGCAUCUUUGAUCAUUCCAUUUUUCGUCAGUGAAGCUGUUAUUGUUCCUAUGGUACUAACUUGAUGGUGAUCAUUCACCCAAUGCAUAAAAGAGUUGAAAUUUUACCAGUGAAUUUAACUUCCUGGAAA